AUGGACGACAUCGAGGCACUCAUGCCCCGCACCAAAGCGGCAAACGAUCGUGCACCGGUCGACAAGGCCAAGCUGAAGCAGUACAUGGCCACCAAGAAUGCUGUGCACACCGUCGGAGCCCGGUCGGGCGUCGUGGUGCGCGGUGACGUGCGCAAAGACGCGGAAGGAUUCGAAGACGUCGACGAUUUCUGGGUCGAUGACGACUCGAUGCAAGACGACUCGGUGGACGACGACGACUCGCUGACGGCGUCGGACAAGGAGUCAGCGGACACGUCGGGCGACAUCUCAGAGCCCAGCGAGCACGAGGUGGAGCUGGCAGACAUCGGCAGUCCCGUUAUAAGUGACCGUGAGGGUAUGGAGAUUGAACCAGGGACUAUACCGUCACGAAAACGCUCACAGAGAAGUAGUGGUCGAGCGGAGAGAGAGGAGAAGAAAGAGGAUGCAGAUCCGGCGCCCUCUUCUCCUCUACGCAGCGAUGUGUCGUUCGAUUUUGGAGGCUCACCACAUGAAUCUGUGGAUAUGAGCGUUGAUACGAACGCAAAGGCAAAGGCUCGUCGACGAGAAUCGUUUGGUGGACGUGGCUUUGACGAGGAUGCGGCCAGUCCGUUCUCUAUGAAUGAAGAACACGUCACACCACUCUCAAAUGCUAGUGACCGCACUUUGAAGUCGAUUCCUUCGUUUUCCGACAAGAAUUCGCUCUCGCCGAACAUCAGCAAGGAUCUAUUCAAAAAAGGAGACUACGAUAGCGAUGCCAGCGACGAGAAGCCGAAGAAGAAGCAGACAAACGGCAAAAAAGCGAAAAAGACAGCUUCUGCAAAGCUGUCGGAUGGUGACACGAAGAAGCGUCGAAUGCGACCAACAGGAAAGUACGGCUAUCGAACGGCUCCACCUGCAACAGACACGUCGACCCAGUCUGUCCAGACAGACGACGACAACGACGAAUCUUUCGAGGCGCAGAAUGACUCAGGUGGCGAGACUGGAGAUGACAGCUUUUACAAUGAACCGGACGCUCCCACUGGCCCAGUGCGUGACAGAUUACCGGACGCGACUAGGAUUCUAGACGAUGAGAAUGAUGAAGCCUGGGAUGGCAGUGGCUUGCGUCGAUCGAAGCGAAGACGUUUCAAACCGCUGGCCUGGUUCAAGAGCGAACACAUGGUGUACGAACGUACUUUCGUUGGUGUGGGCACAGUAAUGCCUACGGUUGUGGGCGUGGAGCGUCUUGGUCAUGACUCUCCGACGUCAAAACGAACGAAGGCCAAGCCGCCGUCGAAACGGACCAACAGCAGCAGGGCGUUGACGCUCAAGGAGUUACCUAAGGACAUACAAAAGCGGAUUGUGGACAGCGAAUGGGCGACGCUUUUCGACAGCCAGGCAGGCUGUAUGAACGAUCUCAACGUUAUCUGCCGUUCUAGCGAAAUCCGACUACGUAAGCUUCCGACGGAGGAGAGGGGUGGAGCGGUAGUACACGCCUAUGCAGGACAGAGUUUCAACCUAUUCAGUCCGUCUCCUUUUGCUCGAUGGAUCUCUGGUCGUGUGGUGUUGCCUCCUGGGGCGUGGAAAGAACCAGAGGGCGUUGGCCAAGCAGUUCAGCUGUUCUACGUGACGGGGUGUCAGCCGAAAUCUCUCGAGUUGGCGUUGGGUCCUGAGACCGACGACGAUUUCAUCGGCAGCAAGCACACGACGCACUUUUUGCUCAGUCCAGGUGACGAGUUUUACGUGCCCGCUGGCAACGUGUACUGUGUGAAAAACCAUUCAAGCUCUGCGGACUGCGAUCUGCGGUUCACCAUUUUGAAACCCGAAGCACCUCCUAUGCCGGACGAUAACGAUUCGGACCCAGAGCAGGAGAAAGAAAAGGAGGAUCCGGUGGCCGCAGAGGCCAAGCCGGAGGCAACUGAGACAGCGAAUAGCCCACUGAAGCGCAAACGCGAGGAAGACGCGGGUGAUGAUGCAGACGCAGAAUCCGAUUCUGUCUAA